AUGGGUUUCGGAGACUUUGACAGCAUCUGCCGGAUGGCACCGCUACCACUAUGCUCUUCUAUUGGGCCGAUAACAUCGAUUGCAAGCGGCGUGGGGAUAGAACCGGAUUGCUACGCGCGGAACAUUGAGCUAGCAAAUACGAUCAUCUUCCAGGGCGCGGCGAGUGCUAUGCACAUUAUCGCGCUGGUAAUGACGGUGGUCAUGAUUCUACACGUGCGGGGGAAGUUCACAGCAGUCGGCCGUAAGGAAAUCACGACGUUUUUCUACCUGUACAUGCUCCUCACCUUCCUCUCGCUCUGCAUCGAUGCCGGCGUAAUACCACCGGGGUCAGCACCUUACCCUUACUUUGUGGCGGUGCAGGCUGGUCUGGCUUCGGCGAUAGUGACGUGCCUGAUGAUCAACGGCUUCGUCGGGUUCCAGCUGUACGAGGACGGCACACCGCUGUCGCUCUGGAUGAUGCGCCUCUGCUCGUUCGCCGCUUUCGUCAUCUCUUUCCUGGUCGCGCUGGCAACCUUCAAGACAUGGGCUGGUCUCGGGCCUACCAACACGGUCGGGUUGUUCGCGGUGUUGUACCUGCUCAACGCCGUCCAGCUCUUCGUCUACAUCGUGCUGCAGAUUCUCCUGGUCACCCGUACGCUCCACGACCGCUGGCCAUUGGGUGAUAUCGCUUUUGGCGUCCUCUUUUUCGUUGCCGGCCAGGUUAUCCUGUACGCCGCCAGCUCGCCUAUCUGCAACGCUGUCAGCCACUACCUCGACGGUCUCUUCUUCGCCACGACAUGCAACUUGUUGGCGGUGAUGAUGGUGUACAAGUAUUGGGAUUCGAUCACGAAGGAAGACUUGGAGUUCUCAGUUGGCACGCGUAUGAACAAUUGGGAGGUUAAGGAGCUGCUGCCCGAGGAGGACCGACGGGCCACUGUCUAUCAUGACGACCCAUACGGCCAGUCGUCUGCUUUUGACAAUGCGUACUCACCAACUCCGAACCGCCACUCGAGAUAUUGA